GGGGGCGGCGCUGCCGGCGCGGCCCGGAACACGCUAGUGGAGCGGAAGAUGGCGGCGGCAGCGGUGGCUGCAGCCGGGACCCCAGUCGGGCUGAGGCGGAGGAGCCGCCGGCUCUGACCUCGCUCUGGCUCCGGUGCGCGCGGCGCAGCGUGUGCGAGGCCCCGCGCGUCGGGCAGGGGCGGCGCCGGCGGCUGUGCGCCGCCCUGAGGAGCGCUCCGGCAGCGGCGCUGCUGCGGCUGAAGAGAGAGCCGGCUCCGGGCCUCCGCGUCCUCCUGCUCCCCGGGCCCCCCGCCUCCUCGGGGGGGCGGCGGCGGCGAUGUUCUCGGUCCUCUCGUACGGGCGGCUGGUGGCCCGCGCCGUCCUCGGCGGCCUCUCGCAGACCGACCCCAGGGCCGGUGGCGGCGGCGGCGGUGACUACGGGCUGGUGACGGCCGGCUGCGGCUUCGGCAAAGACUUCCGUAAGGGCCUUCUCAAGAAGGGCGCGUGCUACGGGGACGACGCGUGCUUCGUGGCCCGGCACCGCUCAGCAGACGUGCUCGGGGUUGCAGAUGGUGUAGGAGGAUGGAGAGACUAUGGAGUUGAUCCAUCUCAGUUCUCAGGGACUUUAAUGCGGACGUGUGAACGGUUAGUAAAAGAAGGACGGUUCGUCCCAAGUAAUCCCAUUGGAAUCCUCACCACGAGCUACUGUGAGUUGCUGCAAAAUAAAGUACCCUUGCUUGGUAGCAGUACUGCCUGCAUUGUGGUGCUGGACAGAACUAGCCACCGCUUACACACAGCAAACCUGGGCGAUUCGGGCUUCCUGGUUGUCAGGGGUGGUGAAGUUGUGCACCGAUCAGAUGAGCAGCAGCAUUACUUCAACACUCCAUUCCAGCUCUCAAUUGCACCACCUGAAGCCGAGGGAGUCGUCCUGAGUGACAGCCCGGAUGCUGCUGAUAGCACAUCUUUUGAUGUCCAGUUAGGAGACAUUAUCCUGACGGCAACAGAUGGACUUUUUGACAACAUGCCUGAUUAUAUGAUCCUUCAGGAGCUAAAAAAGUUAAAGAAUUCAAAUUAUGAGAGUAUACAACAGACGGCAAGAAGCAUUGCUGAGCAAGCCCAUGAGCUGGCCUAUGACCCAAAUUAUAUGUCACCUUUUGCACAGUUUGCAUGUGACAAUGGAUUGAAUGUGAGAGGUGGAAAGCCAGAUGACAUCACCGUCCUUCUUUCAAUAGUGGCUGAGUAUACAGACUGACCCGCCUAGGUGUCAACUCCGGCCUCUCCUUUCAUCUUCCCAAGUUCUCCCCUGCCACAUGUGCUGAUCCUGCUGGCGGGACCGUGUUUCUUUGCCACUGAUCUCGAUGGCCGGUGAUGUAAGCCUUUGCCUGUCUUUUUGAGACCCGGUUGAGAUCUUUGUGGAGAACCACUACUGUCGUUUGUUCGCUAGCUCAUUAUCUGCCAGCAACUCUGAAGAGAAUCAAGAUUUGAAGAUAGGCCUUCACUUCCUACUGUCCUUUCUCCGAUGGGAUGGAGGUUUUCAAGGCCAAAAUGGCUAUUGCGUUUCCAAAAUGGUUUAGGCAUUGAAAAUGAUGAUGUUGGUAACGUGAAUUCAAAAUUACAGUGUGGAAAAGGGAUUUUUAAAGUCUAACACAAAUUGUAUGUUAUGGUACAUCUACUAGAAACAUACAUUAUCAUCAAAAGAAACGUUACACAUGUACUAUACAGUCUUUGUUAUGAUGAUUGGGUGUGGCUUUAUGUUUUCAUUAUAAACUCCUCUUUUUCAGGGGCUUAUAAUUCUGCUCUAAAACACUGCUCUGGAUUAUGAAGUCUUUAUCCCAGGAGCUUUUUUGUUACAAAUUGGAAGAAAACUUCAGUUUAGUUCUAUGGAUGCAAAUGUUCUGUGGUUUUUAAAAGAUGCCUAAUUGUACUCCUAUAAGGAAAAUUUCGGCAGUUUAUUGAGUGGUCCAAAUCAUAGGCUGGUGGCCUGAUCUGCAGGAGGGGUGAGGGAGACUCCCUACCAACAUUUUUCAAUGGAAAUAUUAUUCAAUAUUGUAAACUCCUCAAAGCCUAGAAAUUUAAUGUUGUGGAUGAAGUUCCUCCCAGCUGUCAGAUACGAUGCCCCGUGUGGGAGUCCCGGGGCCACAGGCCUCACAGUGGACAGCUGUAACUUUGAAUUUUGUUGGCUUUUACAGUCGUGCUACUCCUGGUCUCCCUGUGAGACCUGUCAUUAGUAGCCUUGCUCUCCGUAGAGCGUGCACCACAUUCGGGGAGUCUGUGUGGAAAGAGCACCUUGGGCGAUGGCAACAGCACAAGAGUCCACAGGGAAAACUCCUGGUGAUGAUCUGACAUUUGCAUUUGCCCUACACAGAAAUUUAGGGGUUUCUGAAUCAAGCUUAAUGUUUACAGUUUCCGAAUAGCCAUCUUGCAGUGUAUAGUUUCCUUAUAAAACUACCCCGCAUUCAGUUUUCCCUUUAUCUGCAAGCCCAGACUUAUUUUUAAGGUUUGUGUACAAGUCGACUGCUGUAAAGAUAUAUAUUUUUGGGUCAGUUUUUUUUCUUCAUUAACUUGGUGGUAGAAAA